GGCUGGCUUUGGAGCUUGAGCUUGAUUUACUUUUGUUACGAAAGAGAGCUGGGUUUUCUUUGAAAGUGGCGAUUUCUGUCAGAUUGCCUUUUAUUUACAUGUCGGCGAUCUUUACUCGGGAAUGUUUGUUAAAAGUGGUUUUAGUAGCGAAUAAGUGAUAAUGUUUUGGAUUUAAAAGUUGCAUUAUCUGCCAAAACAAAAUGAACGACGGGGAUUGGAUUUGCAGUGAUCCGAAUUGCGGUAAUAUAAAUUUUGCACGUCGAUCAUCUUGUUACCGUUGCAAUAAAGAAAAGCCCGAGGCAGCAAAACCAUGUAAAAAGAAACUCGGGACUGAGAUAGGAAAAUCUGCGGCGGAAAAGUCCCGCGGACUGUUUAAUGCAGACGACUGGCAGUGCAACAAAUGUGCAAAUGUGAACUGGGCCCGGCGUCCAACUUGCAAUGUGUGCAAUGCACCAAAGUUUGGCGAAGUCGAAGCACGUACAGGAUAUGGUGGAGGCUACAAUGAGCGUGGUGCAGUAGAGUACCGAAGACGAGAGUCUUCUUCGGAAGAUGAAUUUGAUGAAUUCGGAAGAAGAAAACGGAAGCGACAACCUGAUUCUGAUGAUAAGGUUGGCAUCACUGAAGGACCUGUUAACAAAAUAUUGCCACCAACAAUGCUGAAGAAGGGAAUAAUAAUGGACCCUGUACAGUCAGUACCAGCUCCAGCUGACUCAUUGCAGGCUAAAAAACAAACAGGCAAAGUCAAUGGUAGUCUUAGUGAUGGCUCAGUGUGUGAACUUCCACCACGCAAAAGAUCAGUAUUCAAGAGAAAUCAUUAUAACAACCCUUAUUAUUUUAAUGCAAACAAAACUUUACCAAAAGAUAAUUCAAGUUCUUAUAAAAGUAAUGGCUUCCCGCGUAAACGAUUGUGUAGCUCAGGUGACAAAGAUCAGACUGGGUCUUCUGGCUAUGAAACCAGUUCCAAAAAGGGCAAAAGUGACCAGAGUGUGUCACCUGUAUUAAAGCCUCAUAACCCAGUAAUGGAAAAUAGAGUUUCUUCCACAAACAAUGAUGUUGUGUACAAGUUUACAGGAUCAACACCAGCAGAUGACUUUGAAGUAACUUAUACAGUUAAAGAAAGAGUUACAGCAGCUGCCUUUGCUAUAGUGUAUCACAAUUGUAAAAUGAGUACUGAAAAAUUUGAAUCAUUGUAUGACAAACCUGCACCUGACUUUAAAACCAUCUUUGCUUGGCGUCAAAGGCUCUUAUACACAGGUUGUUUAGUUGAUGGCCACUUAGAAAUGCCAAAAAAGGAUGUGGAUAGACCUGUACCUGCUGAAACAACAAAAUGUGAUAAUACACCAAAAGUUUGUCAAAAGCUGCCUAAUCCUGAUGAAAUUCCCAUAUCUGAUAGUGAAGAUGACUGUCCUCAAACGUUAGACAAACAACCUUCAUUUGUUGAAAGGCAAAACAGUGUUAGUGUUGAAACCUUACAUAUUGGUGAAAUGGAAAAUGAACCAAGAGCUGCCGGAGGCUCUGUAAGCAGUUUAGAUGACAGGGGAUCACAAGGAGGGAGCCAAUCGGCUUCAACACACAUCAGGACAAGGUCCAGUUCCCGUGAUAGUCAAGAUUCUAACUAUCCAGAAUCUGACAUUGAGAAAAAAGACACUAAAACUUUAAAAAGGAAGAGCCCAUCUAUAAAGUCAACUAAUACAAGGCAUUCAGUUCAAGAGACAUCAGAUUCGGAAUCAUUUUCUUACAACAGUGAUGAAGUUGAUUUUAGAUCUAGAGUUUUCGGUGACAGUAGAAAAGUGAGGCAUAAACAGAAAAAGCGUAUCCCCCGCGUGGCCCCAGUAACUGCAGUAAGUAAUUAUACACCCAAAGAAAAUCACUCUUUUCAAGGCUAUAGCACUAUUAAACCAGUUGAGCAAUCACCUCUAACAACAGGGAAUAUUUACACAAUGAAUUUACAAAAUAUGGCUGUUAAUCCAAAGCAGCAAGAAAGUUUGCUUGGCACUGAUGAAUGUUCCAUAGAAUAUGUACCUACAAGAUUAGCAGCAACAGCAAAGAAAAAUUACCAAGAUUUUAAGGAUAAUGUUAAGAAGAAAGGGUUUUGGGCGAAAGCAAAUGGAAAUACAUUUGCUAACAACAAACUGAGAAUCAAUAAUCGGACAGAGCAAAAGCCACAAGCAUCAAACAGGGCUUUUAUUGAUAAUCCUAGAGUUAAAAGGUUUAAUAAUUAUUUGAGUUUACCUCAACGAUAUAAUUCCAAAUCAGUUGUCAACCAAAAUGAAAAUGACUUUACAAAAGAUGAAUUUGAAGCUAGUGUCCCAUUAGAUCAGUACUUGCCAUUUGAUAAACCAUUAGAAACUGUACAAACAUGCAAUGACUCAAUAAAGCCUGUUCUGGAUACCUCAAGUGUCUUUGAGAUAGUUCAGUCUAAUUCAGCUGUGAAAAACAGGAGCAUUACGGAUAUUUUUAACACCAAUGAACACAUUGAAAGUCCAGAAAGAAGCAAUGAUUUAGAAAAAUUCGAUUGUGUACAAAAAAUCUAUGAAACUAAAUGGGAUGAGGAUGAUGAAGCUCUUUACAGAAUAUCUGAUCCAGUUGAUAUGCAUCCUUUAAAUAUACAGAGUAGGCAUAUUCCAUCUCCGCAAAGUAUUGGAUCUCUUGGAACACAAAGUCCUGUGACAAGCAUGUUGUAUGCUACAAGUGACGAUAGUCCUGCUAAAACAACAAAUGCAGUAAAUGUUGAUUUUAUGAAAGACACUUUACAAGGUUUAUUGAAUGAUUUGCAGGAUGAAAAGGACAGCCUUAUCUCUAAUAAUCCUCCAGGUCACACCAGAAAUUUAAAUACCACUUCCCAUAGGGAAUUAAACGAAAAUGCCAACCAGGUUUUUCAAAAACCACAAAUGAAGGUGAUAACAAGAAUUCCAUCAACUCCAGAACCCACUCCAAUGGAAAUAGUGGAGGAAAUUAAUUGUGUGCCUAAUGUAGAAGAAUCUGGUGUAAACAUGGCUAAAACUAUAAGUCCUUCAAAAAAAGUACACAUUUUAGAAUGUAUUACAAUUAAACAAUCAGAUAAUCAAAAUAAUACAGGUGUUGGGAAACAUUUGGACCAUGUAAGCUUUCAUAAAUUGCCAGUAGUUGUUGAAAAACCAAAACAAAAUGUUUUGUCACAAAAUGUGUUGCCGCAAAAUGUUGUGCAGUCUGAAACGAAUGUGUCUGUGAUAGAGAACCCAACCCAAUUAGACUUAACAAGUUUGUUAUCUGGGAUAAAUACAAGCGCAAUUAUGUUGGCUCUUCAAAACUUGCAGCAAUUUACACAAGAGAAAAAUGAUAAUACAAACUUAGAUCAAACUGGGAGUUCACGUCAGGAUAAUCAAGUUCCUGAAACAGACAUUGUUGAAACCAUUAACCUUACAAAUGACGAGGAAUGGGAAAAUGAGUCAAAUCAAGAUGAGAGAAUUGAACGAGAAUUAGAAAAGUUAGAUGGAAACCCAAGUGAUCCUUUUUGUUUGAGUGAUAUUUUUGAUCCAGGUCCAGUAGUUAUGCCAGCAAAUUCGUCAAAAAAAUUAAACAAAAAUAUUAUGUCAGUUGAAGAUAACAAAACUAAAACACAAUCACCACAUUUAAAUGAAAAUGCACCUGUAAUAGGAAGCUUCAAAAGCUUUGCCCUCCCAAAGCCAAUAAUGUUGAAUAGGUUAAAAUUAGCAGUUAAGCAACCUGAUAAGGGCAGUAAAGCAAAUAGCGGAAAACGAUCAAAGAGAUCCAAAAAGACCAAAGCGUCUGGUUCUCAAGGAAUGGAGGUGGGUCGUGAAGAAGAAGAUGAAGAAGAAUCUGGAGAUGAUGCAGAUCUCUCUAAGUAUGAUCUGUGGGGCAGUGAUGGGGAACAGGGCAACUCAUCCAAAAUGGACAGUGAAGGAAAAUCUAAAGAUGAAGAAAGUCCUAAAGAAGACAGGCUGGAUAAAAAUGGAAAACCUGAAGCUAGAAGCAAAAAAAGAACAAGUAGUUCGUCAUCAUCAUCAAGUUCAUCUUCAAGUUCCAGCUCCAGUCGCAGUUCUGGGCCAGAACCACCAGCAAACAAGUUCGACGACUUCAAUUUGAAUAGUGAGCGCGAAGGCUCGCCAAAGAAUCGAAAGUCUCGCACUCGGUCUCGCUCGCCUCGUGCUCGCUCUGCAAGCGCACCCUUGCGAAGAAAGUCGCGUGACAGUCGCUCAGGCGGGGAAUCCAGAUCAUCACGCGACAACGAGAAGUCGCGCGAUAGAGAGCGACGCGACAGAUCGCGCGGCUCCCGCGAGCGUAAGGAGCGCCGCUACAGUCGCGACGGCAAUAACCACUAUAGUGCGAGGGGACGACACCGUUAGGAUGUACCAGUGAAGUGGAGAAAUAUUUUUAAAACGCGACCCGACUUGACGCCUCCUAUUGAAGAUAGGUAGCUUCAAAGAAAUUGAGUAACAAGAUCAUUCCAGUGUAUCUUGUCUCCAUCCCACGUGACAUUGGCGAAGCGUAUUGUACCUACCUGUUAAAAAUGCGAGUCAUAAAACCAAAAUUGAUUUGAAUUUAAGUCACUUCACGCUUAGAGUCGUAGCGUGUAGAAUGUGCAGGCCUGAAUGUAACGUACAUAUGUGACGGAAGUUUGGUGUAAACGCAGCGUAAUGGUGCCCGCAGACACGUCAAUAUUAUUGACGUUAUUCUGCAUCUUGCCUUUAUGCGGGGCGUAUUGUAGAGAUAAAGUAUUGGUAAAAAAAAAUUCUCAAUAUUUAUACUUUCAAUAAUAUUGACGAUGUGCGGGCAUCCUUAGAACGUGCAUCCUUAAACAUUUAAUUCGAUGAUGUCACGCUCCACGCGUCAAUUAAUGUAAACUACCCUCAUUGAGAGAAAGUCAGGUCGCGUUUCUAAAGUAUGUUUGCGCCCGUAUUCGUUAAAGACUCUAGCUCGUACUUGUACAUAUAAUACGCAGUAGCGUUCAUUUGUUAAAUAGUAAAAAGGUAUUGACAAAUAAAAUGCACGACCUUGACAAAAUAAAUAAACGCUAUUAUGAGGUGAGUGACCACCAGAAAAAUAUCCCUGACUAGUUAAAGACAACAAGUUAGUUGUCACCUGUUCAAAUAAGUAUUAUUGCAUCUACAUGAUCGACAUCAGCGUCUAACAUGUGGGUGAAAUAACGAAACAAUUCGAACGAUAUAUUGAUAUCAACCCUGUUCGUUGAUCAAUCGUUAAUAAAUUUAAAUAAGAUACGAUCGAUUAUUUAUUGAUCAUCUGUUGUUGAAAAACGUGAUCAAAGAAUGCCGGAGUGAAGUGCGUAAAUAGUGGCUAUGACAUUUGUACAUGGUACAAAAGCAAACUGCUUCGUGGUGCAGUGGUCGGGUUAUAUGAACCGAGGGUCAGUUACCGGGUCGGGCAAUAAAUUUGUAUAAAACAUUUUUAGUACCAGCCCAGAGUUAAGAAAUAUGCGAUGUCCACCCCCCCUUGUUCUAGUGAGCACUUUUAGCCAUCGGUGCCGGUAUUUAUCACUAGCAUGUCAACCCGCAUUGGAGCAACGUGGUCUAUGUUUUUUAAAUUUGUGUACAGUAUUGGGAUGUUAAAAAAAAAAAAUUGCCGGUUAACGGUUAUUAAAAUCGACUAUGUCGAGUGCUAUGUUUUGAUGCAAUGAAAAAGGUCUGGUGAUUUGUCUAGAGGCAUUUUGAUAAGGAGUCUUAGGCAAAAUUUUAUUGACUACAGCUUUGCACUGGAUCUAGGCUUUAUAACUCAAUAUGGCAGUAAAAGGGGAUGGUCCAAACACUAAAAAAUUGCAUCUUAAAGCUUAUUAUAUUAGAUAGAUAAAUUCUUUAUUGCACACAAUUAAGGGAUAAAGAUAAUAUAUAUUGAAAACAGAAAUACAAAAUAAAAUAAAAAUAUUAUUAUCCUCCCCAGCAAAUGUCAGCUAUCAUGAUAGAAUCAAUUUGUUGUAUUUUUUAAUUUUAAAAGUUAGGUUUUCUUUAUUUGAGAAUGUCUUAAUUAAGAUUCGAUUACAUGUAUUUUGCGGUGCACUGUACAGCAGGCCAAGAAAGAACCGCCUCCUUGAAUGAACUAUAAAAUUAACGUAUAUAGACCAAAAGUUAUUAAACAUCAUGUUACGACCUUCUGAGCCGCCGUGCAAAGGAAACUACUGCGGGCGGGUGAUGCAACGCGGUAUACGGUUUGUUUGGAGCGUUUGUAUGAGAAAUAAUCUCAUAACUAGUACGCAAACAAAGUCGCGGGAAAUCGCUAGUAACUGUAUAAUAUAGUUGUAUAAAUUAAUUAGUUAUUACGCUUUGAUCGGUUAAACAGUAGGAAAACUUUUAAAUAUCAAGUGUCCAGAUUUGUUUAGGUAUGAGAUACAUAUUUUACAAAUAAGGUUGACUGCAUAUCGUCGCUUAGCUAACAAUGCAAGUGGGACUACAAAGGUUUUCAGGACCCCCAAAUACACUCUUGCCAGAUAAUGUAAAAUAUAAUCGGAAAACCUAUUAAUAUUGCUAAGAAAAACUUUUUUUUUUUUAUUAAACGUACUAAUUUGAAUGAUGAAUGAAUGAAUUUAUGAUGAACAUAAUUUAUGUGAAUACUGAAUGAAUAUACUUUACUAUGCGCCACAAAAAAGUACACAAAACAGAAAAGCAACAACAAAACAGCAUAUAAAAUUCGGCGGCCUUAACUAGCGUUAAGGCCGCCGAAUUUUAUAUCAAUAGCAAGGUAUUGUUAGCUAAGCUAAGAUAUUGAAUACUAUCGCCUGAGUUGCAAAGUUUUUAAUUGCCGUAGUCUAAGAGUACGCCAAAUAAAACGCUCGUUUUCACAACUAGCGACUGCGGGACAGCGUUAUUGCAAUGAAACAAUGAACAAAAAUCAUCAGUUUGUAAUUGAACAUUGAAUUAUCGGCUUAUUUAGUUAAUUCGGUCUACUGGGUGUUGAACUAGAUGCUAUAAAAAUAAAGAUGACAUUAAUUCCAACUCUGGCUACCGGAUCGUGCAUUGGGACAGUUUUUUUCUAUAUAUUUUUUAUAUUGUUCUAGAAAAUACCCGCCCUUCACUUGUUUAUAGAUCAUAAGAAUAAGAUUUUUUUAUUAAAUAACUCCGCAAGUUUGUAAAGUAUUAAGUUAGAUAUGGAUUAGCGGAUUUCAAAACCAACAACUUGUAACCAAGUUGAAGUAGUUGAUCCUCAAAACGAGGGAAAAUAAUUUAGUUAAGAGUUUAUUCAAAAUGAUUAAUAGUCAACGCAUUUAAGAAAAAUCUCUAAAUUUUCCUUGUAUAAUAAAUAAAAGUUUAAUGGCACGCUUUCCCUUUUCACUAUUAAGUUAACAAAUUCUAUGUGAUCAUUAUUAUAAUUGUAUCGUUUUGUAAAUAUUAGAAUUUCGUGUAACGGAUAGGUCUAAGUUUCUCUAGUGAUAUGGUUUAUUUUCCUUUGAUUAUUCACUUGUGGAUAGUGCGACGAGAUAUGUUUUUGUUUAUGAUUACGUGUAUGCCGACGGACUGCAUUUUAACUGCAAAGUUGCAAUUUACUCGAGCCGUAAGGUUUGCAGGCAGGGAGUUAGUAGUUCCGAUGCAGUGAUCUCAACUGCAGUGAAGUCAUCUGCAUUGAAGUCAACUGCAUUGAAGUCAACUGCAUUGAAGUCAACUGCAUUGAAGUCAACUGCAGUGAAUACAACUGCAGUGAAGUCAACUGCAUCCAAAACGUUGUUGGUAAAAAUGCAGCCAGUCUGUAUAGACGCUUAAUAUAUGUUUAGCUAUAGAGACAACUAAGGUAAUUGAUUUACCAAUAAAAUCGAAUUCAACAAA